AUGGUCAAAGUUUUACUUGCUCUUACUUCUGCUAACCCAGUCUUUUAUGCUGAUGGAAAAAGAACUGGUGUUUUUGUCGUUGAGGCAUUGCACCCAUUUGAAGUUUACAAGAAGAAAGGAUAUGAAAUUCAAUUUGUUUCUGAAACUGGUACCUUUGGAUAUGAUGAACAUAGUACUUCUGAAGAUUUCUUGACUGGAGAAGAUAAAGACAUUUUUGAAGAUCAAAAUUCAGACUAUAAUGUUCAUUUGAAAAAUAUCAAGAAAGCUUCAGAUGUAUCUUCAAAAGAUUAUGAUAUUUUCUUUGGUAGUGCUGGACACGGAACAUUAUUUGAUUAUCCAAAGGCUAAAAAUUUACAAAAAUUAGCUGCUGAAAUUUAUGAUAAAGGUGGUGUUGUAUCAGCAGUUUGUCAUGGACCUGCAAUUUUUGAAAAUUUAAUUGAUCCAAAAACAAACGAACCUUUAAUUAAAGGUAAGAAAAUCACUGGUUUCACUGAUGUUGGUGAAGAUAUGUUAGGAGUGACUGAUAUCAUGAAGAAGGAUAAUUUGUUGACUAUUAAACAAGUUGCUGAAAAAGAAGGGGCUACUUAUAUUGAACCAGAGGGUCCUUGGGAUAAUUUCACAGUUACUGAUGGUAAGAUCGUCACUGGUGUGAACCCACAAUCGGCAGCUAAAACCGCUGAAGAGUCAAUUGCUGCUUUGUCUGCUUAA